UGUUUGGAUUCAAUUUUGUAUUCGCCAUGCAUUUGCGAGAACUCCCGGAUCGCGUACAGCAGUCUCCCGCUGACCUCACUCAUCAGGGGGCCCCGGAUUACUCAUAUACCUCUAAGCUGCCAAUGCUGUCUUCAAUUUGUCUUUGUUCUGUCGGGCUUCGCCAGCUUCUCGCUGCUGUGCAGCUGUGCGGUCACCACAUAGACUGGCGAGUCUACAAUUAGCACCAGGCUCAUUUGUCGCGCUCCCAGUUCUAUUGGCGAGCUGAGCUACCAUGAACUUCCAGGGCUUUUCUCCAAGUGGCUUGAUACCAGCUCGCGGAAGCCGUGUGAGGUCCUCCUCCAUGGCAAGUUCAACGCAAACCACAUUCACUGAUGGUCUAUCGACCACAUCAACCAAUCCUAGUCACCCGUAUGUAGGGACGUUCGUUGACGAUCCAUCGCUGGAUGUCAAGGAGACCAAAUCAGAACCAUCGCCAACUACCGCUGAUGGCGAGGUCACUUCACGGACGCCACAUCGCAGGCGUAGGAUGCACUCGAAAUCUCGUCAGGGGUGUCUCUCCUGCAAAAGACGCAGAGUCAAGUGCACAGAGAACCGUCCAGUGUGCAAUGAAUGCCAAAAGCUUGGCCUCGAGUGUAGCUGGACUCCAGUGGCACAGGUGCAAGAGCCGCCUGAUCGUACAAGCACUGCCUGCUUGCCUUCUUUGGAGUGCAUGCUUCUCUUCAAUUGGACGCACAGCACUGGUCCAUCAUUUUAUCUUGACCAGGUCUGGAUGCAGCAAGUACCCGUCAUGUCCUUUGAACACCCACACUUAUUGCAUGCCCUGCUCUCUGUCUCGGCUGCACAUCAGCAGUACAAGGGUGUUGACUUGCAGCCCAAAGUAUCUAUGCCAGUGGACAACUUCAUUGUGCGUCAUCGACAGCAGUCCAUCAAGGACUUUAGACGUGACCUUGGCACUGGCAUUCGAGCGGAGAAUGCGGACGCCUUGUUUGCGACAGCUCUGUUGCUUGCUCUACAAUCAUUCCAGAUUGAUCCUGGCUCCUGGACGCGCAUGUACAAGGGUGUAAGAUCUAUUGCACAUCAUAUGAAGGCAGUCUUCAGUGAGGGGCAGACUAUGUGGAACGCUCUAAUCAAUACACAUGCUCAGGAAUUCUUGCCAGUCUCAACAUCAUUUGCUCUCCAGCCUCUUGCAACUGGGCCGUGUGCACUGCCAAUUGGCCAUCUUGCCAAGCUCUAUGCUGCACAAACCAUCUCAUCGUCAGAUCUGUUUGCGUUUCCCGCGUUACUGAGCGAGCAGUUUCUUGAGUUGGUCGAGCGAGAUCACCAGGUGGCACUUGUGGUCAUGUAUUACUACUUUCUACUGGUGCAGCGCUUAGAAGAUGUGUGGUGGAUAGGCAGCUUUGGCAGGCAAGAGAGCAUGCGUAUUUGGCAUUUGCUCGAUGACAAUCAUCGUGCAUACCUUACUACUGCAGCUCAAAGCAGAUGAUGCACGAACACAACUUGAGAAUCGAGCCCAU